AUGUUAUGGUUAAUAAUACUAUUAUGUACAACCUAUGUGAGAAAGAUUGAAGGCCAACUUGUUCGUUAUAAUGCUGCCUGUUCUGUACCAUUAUGUGGAAUAAACAGUUGUUCAUCUCAACAAUGCUAUAGUUUUCAAACAGUCAAUGAUGCUAAUAUAUGUGCACCACUCGUAACAUGCAGUCUACUUGAUCCAUGUAUUAAUAAUAGUGGCAAUUUGGAAUGUUCAACAAAUAAUUCUGUUUGUAUACAAAAUACUUGUUGCCCACAAGCAAUAUGUUUACCAUUAGCAUUAACAACAUUAUGUACAAAUAUUACUAGUAGCAGUGCAGCAACUAGUACAAAAAAAAGUAAAGAGGUACUCCCUAUGAAAUCGUUUAAUAAUUUGGAUUUUUAA